UAACAUUAGUAUCCGUGAUAAUUUUAUCGACAGGAACUAUAUUUGGUGUUCAUUAUCUCCAAAAAAAAGAAAAAGAGGUUAUGCACGCGGGAAUAAUAAGAGAUAAAGAACGUAAAUUUGAAAAAUUGAAGCAAAACCAGUUAGAACAUGACAAGCAAAUUAUGUUACGAAAAGAAUAUGAAAAAAUUCAACCAGUUUUACCAAAGGAAAUUGAGAAUUGA